UCACGCUCCUUAUUAACACAUGAUCUAUUUAUAGCUCUAAUAUUCCACAAAUAAUAAACGCGUGAUAAAGUUAACAAUAUUAAAAAGUAACUCAAUAGUCAUCAUGUAUUUUGUUUGGACAAUGUUUACGUCGCGUUCAUAAUCCGCGUAUCGAGCAAGUGCUGUCAGCUGUGCUGCGACCGACAGGGCGAACUGUCAGAUGGUGAAUAGCAAAGGAGCGGUAGUGAGAUUAUUUUUAAUAAAUAUGUCUUUUUAUUUGCAAUUUCACACUCAUAGAUAAUCUUCGCGCAUAGCUUUAAGCUUUAGCGUGUUUAGUUAGGUAGUGAUAGUAAGGGCGGCCGCAACAUGAGUUCGAGGGACCGGGACACUAAAUCGCUGCAGGACAAGUUGAAAGUGUUCUUCAAGAAGGGCGCUUCGGCGCCGCUGCCGGCGGUGAACGAGCUGGUGGUGAGUGCGGAGCUCGAGCGGGAGCUGCGGUCGGACGCGGCGCCCGCGCGGCGGCUCCGCGCGCUGCGGGACCUCGGCGACCGCGUCCGCGUCACCAGGAUACAACAGGGCGGCGCGGAGAGACUAUGGGUGCUCACGCGAGACCUCCUCGACGACGGCUGCGCGGAGUCGCGGCACACGGCGCUCUGGUUCCUGCGCUGUAUAGCCGAAGGACAGGAGUGUGCUGUGAUGCGGACGCUGCUGUUUCGGUAUCUGCGGGAAUCUCACGCGCAGCACGCCGCCGAGGACGCCCCACACCGCCUCUCGUUACUGUCAACGCUCACCAACGCCGGCAAGAACAUCGAGUGCUUCGAGGAGCAGGUCGGCGAAUAUCUUCUAGAAUACAUGCGCAGCGUCGGCGAAACCGGCCCCGCGCUCUCUGAAAUAUUGGCCUUAGUUAUCAACGUCGUCAAAUACAACGCCACCUACUUGGACGAACAUGUCGUGCACGGCAUCGUAGACGCCUCCUGCCACCUCUGCGCCUACUCGGCCGAAGCCGGGGCCGUGGUGUCCGCCCUGGCGUUACUGGAGGCCGUCGUGGCGUACUCGCUGCUGCCGCGCGCCGCGCUGCCGGCCUUCGUGGGAGCCCUGUGUCGCACCGUGAACCUGGAGCGACACUGUCAAACUAGUUGGAAGCUAAUGCGCUCAGUCCUCGGCGCCGACCUCGGCCACGCCGCACUCCAAGAACUAGCGGCCCUCCCCGCCGCCGCCGCCGCCGCCAGCAACGCCGACGCGAACAACGCCGCCGCCGACGCCGGCGCGGUGCGCGGCGCCGUGUUCUACAUCAACAUGGCGCUCUGGGGCCCGCGCCGCGUGCCCAGCCUGCGCGUGUCGCUGCUGUGUGUGUUACCGGCUCUACUACAGGCGGUGAGCACGAACCAGCCCGUAGUAACCUACGAAGUGAUCCAAGCCAUCCAGAGCCUCGUGACGCGCGCCCCGCCGGACUCGCUCUGCGCCGCCUGGGACGUGCUGCUGGCCGUGCUGGCACACGCGCACAGACACGACAAAAGCCUGGACCCGCCCAACGAGCUAAUCCACACACGUCUCCACGCCCUUUUGACCAGUAUAGAACAACUGCACGAGGCGGGCCAGUACACCGGGGACACCGGCCAGCUGCUGGACCUUAUCGACUCGAGCGCGCAGGACCGACCGGAGGCAUCAGUGGUCCGGCUCAUCACGCUGCGCUGCGCGACGCUGUCGCCCGCACGCGCGGACUGGCUGGGCGCAGCCCUAGCGCUCGGCGACAAGUUCGUGCGCCGCGACACGAGGCUCGGCGUCCGCAUGCACGCGCUGCAACAACUGCUCGCCGUCGUCAAACGACACAGGUUCCUGUACGAGGAGGAGGUGGUGGUGGGGCUGGGCGUGCCGGUGCUGGGCUGGUGCGAGGGGCCGCUGCGCGCCGCCGCCGCGCGCGCCGCCGCCGAGCUGGCCGUGCUGGCGGCCGGCGACGCCGCCACCGACCUCAUCGACCUGCUGGAGAAGGUACCUGUACGAGGAGGAGGUGGUGGUGGGGCUGGGCGUGCCGGUGCUGGGCUGGUGCGAGGGGCCGCUGCGCGCCGCCGCCGCGCGCGCCGCCGCCGAGCUGGCCGUGCUGGCGGCUGGCGACGCCGCCACCGACCUCAUCGACCUGCUGGAGAAGGUACCUGUACGAGGAGGAGGUGGUGGUGGGGCUGGGCGUGCCGGUGCUGGGCUGGUGCGAGGGGCCGCUGCGCGCCGCCGCCGCGCGCGCCGCCGCCGAGCUGGCCGUGCUGGCGGCCGGCGACGCCGCCACCGACCUCAUCGACCUGCUGGAGAAGGUACCUGUACGAGGAGGAGGUGGUGGUGGGGCUGGGCGUGCCGGUGCUGGGCUGGUGCGAGGGGCCGCUGCGCGCCGCCGCCGCGCGCGCCGCCGCCGAGCUGGCCGUGCUGGCGGCCGGCGACGCCGCCACCGACCUCAUCGACCUGCUGGAGAAGGAGGUGGUGGUGGGGCUGGGCGUGCCGGUGCUGGGCUGGUGCGAGGGGCCGCUGCGCGCCGCCGCCGCGCGCGCCGCCGCCGAGCUGGCCGUGCUGGCGGCUGGCGACGCCGCCACCGACCUCAUCGACCUGCUCGAGAAGAUAAUGAACCGGCCGUUUGAGAGUGAGGAGCCUAGCGAGGCGGACCCCGAGCCGGACUUGACAGAUGUCACUCUCGCAGUCUCAGGUCUGCUGGAGGUGUUCCACGCGAAGCUGCUGCUGGCGCCGGCGGCGCACGCGGCGCGCGCCUGCCUCGUGCUGCUCGACCACCUCGACCACGCGCUCAACCACCCGCGCUACUCCGCGCAGCACGCCACCUGCAGGAAGAAGAUUCUCGACAUGAUCUUCGGGCUCCGCGCGAACGCGUUCAACAGCGUCGGGUUCUGCUACGACAGCGCCGGGAACCCCGUGUACGGGACGGCCGCGCUACGCAUCAAGCCGAUGUGCUCGCCGAGCUUGCUCGCCGAGCCGCUCGCCGCGCGCGGCCACCACCCGCCGCCCACCAACCAUCCGGUGCCGGGAACGUGCAUCCUCCCAGUGGGUCGCUGCGCGCGCAUUCUGACCCUAGCCCUGAGCCGCGAGAAGGAGUGGUCGGUGCUACAACAUGUCCUCCGAGCCCUGCCGGCCUUACUGCAGUCCAGGGCGCUCUGCGUCGGCCGCAGGGCUCAGGACCUGGACCUGCUGGCUUCUACUCUCUGCGCCAUGUUGUCGGACAGAAGCCUGGCGUUCCCCGAGUGUCUGCGGGGUCAAAAGGUCCUGGUGUCGGAACUCCACGCUGCCGUACUACCUUCCCUAGGGGCCCUAGCGCCCUACCACGCCUUCCUCGAGCCGUUAACGCAACAGAGGGUAGUGCGCUGUCUGCUGCGCUACGGCAUGGUUUUGCGGACGCCGGCGCCAUACCUGGCAGCACUGACGCAGUUCACCCUGGAAGCCCGUGACACCAUGGUGAAGCUACUUCCCGAGGUUCUACUGGACCUCUCCAAGGUGUCCGACACCAAGCUCAUCGCAGGACCCAUGCUAGAGUUUCUAUCCACACUAACCCGACUACCGCGAGUAUUCGCCUCGUUCGUUGAAGACCAGUACAUGUCGGUAUUCGCCAUCCUGCUCCCGUACACGAACCCGUCCCGCUACAACCACUACGUGGUCUCGCUCGCACACCACGUGGUCGCCGCCUGGUUCCUCAAGUGCCGGCUCUCUUACAGACGGAACUUCGUCCGGUUUAUUAUACACGGUCUGCACAACUACAUCAUCAUGCCGUUCGAGGAGCAGCUCCACAACUACAAGGUGCACGCGCCGGCCAACGAGGACUCCAGCAACCGCAAGCGCAGCUCCAGUCUGGGGUCGCGCGGCGCGUCGGCGGCGCCGCUGGGGGCCGGCUCGCGCGCCUCGGCCGCCUCCGCCUCCGCCGCCUUCCACGUGGAGCUCACCGAGACCUGCGUCGACCUGCUGGCGCGCUACACCGCCUCCGCCUGCAGCGUCAAGCCGCAGAGGAGCGACGCAGCGGAGUGGAUGUUCUCCGGCGGGCAGUCCAUGACGUGGCUGGUGGGCCACAAGCUGGUCACCAUCACCACGGCCGGCUGCAACAUGAACACCAUCAAACAGGGCAUGUGCGACAGAUGCGCGACGCUGUGCCGGCAGCACGCGGAGAGCGCGGCGAGCCCGCUGCCGCCGCUCGCGCUCCACGACGAACACGCCAAGCUGGUACCGCCGAGCGACGGGAGCCACGGGCAGAACCACAACAACCUACAAGUCUCCAACCCGCCCGAGAUCAAACGCUACAGCAAGCACUCGCUGCAACACUCGCGCUCGACCGACAACUCGGCCAGCUCCUCGCUCUCCGACCGGCCCGACACCGUGCCCUCCAGCUACAGCAAGCACUCGCUGCAACACUCGCGCUCGACCGACAACUCGGCCAGCUCCUCGCUCUCCGACCGGCCCGACACCGUGUCCUCCAGCUACAGCAAGCACUCGCUGCAACACUCGCGCUCGACCGACAACUCGGCCAGCUCCUCGCUCUCCGACCGGCCCGACACCGUGUCCUCCAGCUACAGCAAGCACUCGCUGCAACACUCGCGCUCGACCGACAACUCGGCCAGCUCUGCGCUCUCCGACCGGCCCGACACCGUGCCCUCCAGGCCGCCUAGCCAAGUGGUGUGGUGUGGCAGCUACAGCAAGCACUCGCUGCAACACUCGCGCUCGACCGACAACUCGGCCAGCUCCUCGCUCUCCGACCGGCCCGACACCGCGCCCUCCAGCUACAGCAAGCACUCGCUGCAACACUCGCGCUCGACCGACAACUCGGCCAGCUCCUCGCUCUCCGACCGGCCCGACACCGCGCCCUCCAGUGUGGUGUGGUGUGGCCGCUACAGCAAGCACUCGCUGCAACACUCGCGCUCGACCGACAACUCGGCCAGCUCCUCGCUCUCCGACCGGCCCGACACCGUGCCCUCCAGACAAAACUCGGCCGAAUACAACCCCAUAGUAGAGGCGCUCAACAAUUUCACGCAGCGCUUCGAAAAGAUCUCAAAAGAAGUGGACACGGAGGAGGCGGCGUGGUCGCGCGCGGGCGAGCUGGCGGCGGGCGCGUGCCCGUGCUGGUGCGCGGACUGGGCCGAGAUACACGUGCGCUCGCCCUCCGGCGACGUGGCCUGGCUCAUGCGGGUGCAGAACCAGAUGGGGUGGGAGAACCAAGAGUCAUCACUACAAGACAUCCUGGCGCUGCUGGCGCCCGCGCCCGCCGCGUCCGCGCCGCCCUCCUCCGCCUCCAGCGGCAUCGGCGACACGAGCACCAACAACGCGUCGGAGAGCGAGAGCAGAUCGCGCAGCGGCUCGUCGGCCUCGCAGGCGGCGCACGCGCAGGACCUACACAAGUCUAGCUCGGACUCGGUGGUGGCGGGCGAGCGCAGGCCGCCGCUCGCCGCCACGCACUGCAUCGGCCCUCCCCACCAACCGCAACGUAUGAGCACGCAGCCGAUCAACAUCCCCGGGUCGCCGGUGCGCGGCGCCGCGCACGACGACGACAUGCUGCUCUACGUGCCCGAGGGCAAGAGCAGACACCCGGUCCGGCGCUCCAACUCGUCGCCGGAGAUGUCGUCGUGGAAGCUCCCGCGGGACUCGCCCGCCGCCCCGGAGCCCCCCGCCGACCCCGCGCUGCUCAUACUGCUGCCGGGCACCGAGCCCACACAGUCGCAGUCCCUCCACGCGUCCAAGAAAGCGAACAAGAAGAGCGACAUGCGAGUUUCAUGCGAGGCCAUACCCGAGGAGAUGUCCGGCUCGUCCCCCCUCGCCGCGCCCGCGCCACCCCCGCACCCCCACCUCAUGACCUACAACUCCGACCCAGUUUCAUGCGAGGCCAUACCCGAGGAGAUGACUGGCUCGUCCCCCCUCGCCGCGCCCGCACCACCCCCGCACCCCCACCUCAUGACCUACAACUCCGACCCAGUUUCAUGCGAGGCCAUACCCGAGGAGAUGUCUGGCUCGUCCCCCCUCGCCGCGCCCGCACCACCCCCGCACCCCCACCUCAUGACCUACAACUCCGACCCAGUUUCAUGCGAGGCCAUACCCGAGGAGAUGUCUGGCUCGUCCCCCCUCGCCGCGCCCGCACCACCCCCGCACCCCCACCUCAUGACCUACAACUCCGACCCAGGAGAUGUCUGGCUCGUCCCCCCUCGCCGCGCCCGCACCACCCCCGCACCCCCACCUCAUGACCUACAACUCCGACCCAGGUUAGUAUCCAACCCGCACGAGACAUGCGAGGCCAUACCCGAGGAGAUGUCCGGCUCGUCCCCCCUCGCCGCGCCCGUGACCUACAACUCCGACCCGGGUUCGGGCUCGGCGCCCGAAGACGGGCCCACGCCGCAGCCCAUACAAAAGGUGGCGAGCGACAGCAUCGUGCAGGGCGUGGCGGCCGCGCACGCGCACAAGCCGCCCGCCGCGCCGCGCGCCGCCGUCCCCCCCUCCCCCGCCGCCGCCCCCGCCACCCCCUCCGGCUCCAUGAAGGAGCGGGACGACCUGCCGCCGCUGUCCCGCUCCAAGCGCUCCAACACCAUCUCCGUCAUGAGCCCCACCAGGCGGCACAGGGACCAGUCGUCGACAAUAUCGACGUCGUCGAGCGGGCGGUCGACCGCGGCGAGCAACGCGAGCUCGAGCGGCGCCGGCGCCGGCGGGGGGGUGACCCCCUCCUUCGUGCUGCUGCAGCUCUACCACAAGAUGAGCACCUACCCCAUCACCCCACCCGUGCCAGGCGAGGUGCCCAGCGCGCAGAAUCCUCUCGCAGAGCGGCCGCUGCUGGUGUCCGGCGUUCAACACGAACGCACCAUCAAGAACCUAGACCGGGUACCGCCCAUCGAAACUUACAAGGUGGGCGUGUUGUACGUUGGACCAGGUCAGCAGGACAACGAAGUAGAAGUGUUGAAGAAUGAAUACGGCAGCGUCAGAUAUGCAGAAUUCCUCGGGCAGCUCGGCACGCUAGUGUCUCUGGCAGGCAGCGGCGCUGGUCUCCUGGAAGGGGCGCAGCAGCAACCUCUGUUCCUUAAUCUGGAGCAAGGAGGGAAAGACGGCAAAUACACCUACGUGUGGCACGACGACGUCAUGCAGGUGCUGUUCCACGUGGCGACGGCCAUGCCGGUGUCCGCCGCCGACCCCACCUGCAACGAGAAGCGCAAGUACAUCGGCAACGACUACGUCUCUAUAGUCUACAACGACUCCGGUGGCGACUUCCCCAUACAAACUAUUAAGGGCCAGUUCAACCUGUGCAUCGUGGUGGUGGAGCCGUGCGAGCACGGGCUGCACCGCGUGCACAUCAAGACGAAGGACGAGCGCAUCCGCACCAAGUUCCUGCCGCACCUCGAGCACUGCGCGCACGUCGUGUCCGACCACUGCGCCGCCACGCUCGCGCGCCAGCUCGCGCUGCACUGUGCUCUGGCGUCGCACAUCUCGCAGUCGCUGUCGAUGGGCGGCGGGUCGGCGCCGUACGCGAGCAACUCGCUGGAGCGGCUGCGCCACAUCAAGCGGCUGCGACGCCGCGUCGAGGACGAGCGCCUCGCGCACGCCAGGCGCGCGCCCAAGCCCUACGCCCCGCAAGGUACUAGCUAUACAUAUACCACUACAGUACGCGAGCAACUCGCUAUACAGUACGCGAGCAACUCGCUGGAGCGGCUGCGCCACAUCAAGCGGCUGCGGCGCCGCGUCGAGGACGAGCGCCUCGCGCACGCCAGGCGCGCGCCCAAGCCCUACGCCCCGCAAGGUACUAGCUAUACAUAUACCACUACAGUACGCGAGCAACUCGCUAUACAGUACGCGAGCAACUCGCUGGAGCGGCUGCGCCACAUCAAGCGGCUGCGGCGCCGCGUCGAGGACGAGCGCCUCGCGCACGCCAGGCGCGCGCCCAAGCCCUACGCCCCGCAAGGUACUAGCUAUACAUAUACCACUACAGUACGCGAGCAACUCGCUAUACAGUACGCGAGCAACUCGCUGGAGCGGCUGCGCCACAUCAAGCGGCUGCGGCGCCGCGUCGAGGACGAGCGCCUCGCGCACGCCAGGCGCGCGCCCAAGCCCUACGCCCCGCAAGGUACUAGCUAUACAUAUACCACUACAGUACGCGAGCAACUCGCUAUACAGUACGCGAGCAACUCGCUGGAGCGGCUGCGCCACAUCAAGCGGCUGCGGCGCCGCGUCGAGGACGAGCGCCUCGCGCACGCCAGGCGCGCGCCCAAGCCCUACGCCCCGCAAGGUACUAGCUAUACAUAUACCACUACAGUACGCGAGCAACUCGCUAUACAGUACGCGAGCAACUCGCUGGAGCGGCUGCGCCACAUCAAGCGGCUGCGGCGCCGCGUCGAGGACGAGCGCCUCGCGCACGCCAGGCGCGCGCCCAAGCCCUACGCCCCGCAAGGUACUAGCUAUACAUAUACCACUACAGUACGCGAGCAACUCGCUAUACAGUACGCGAGCAACUCGCUGGAGCGGCUGCGCCACAUCAAGCGGCUGCGGCGCCGCGUCGAGGACGAGCGCCUCGCGCACGCCAGGCGCGCGCCCAAGCCCUACGCCCCGCAAGGUACUAGCUAUACAUAUACCACUACAGUACGCGAGCAACUCGCUAUACAGUACGCGAGCAACUCGCUGGAGCGGCUGCGCCACAUCAAGCGGCUGCGGCGCCGCGUCGAGGACGAGCGCCUCGCGCACGCCAGGCGCGCGCCCAAGCCCUACGCCCCGCAAGGAGACACGGCGCGCCGGGUCGCCAUGGAUGACUUCAACGACUACACUUAAAUACCUCGCCGGGCUGCUCGGCCGAACUGCGUCGGUCUAGCUAAACAAACCGACUCGGCCUAGUCCACACUACCGCCGAACUGAACUCGACCUGAUCGAACUCGUUCGGCCAAAUCAAGCGGCCUAGUCGAAUCGAGGCGAACUAGUUGAGCUCUGGGACUGAGUCGGCCUAACGAACCGACUAGGCCGAACUGACUAGGCCAGGCCAGUCGAGCGAACUUAACGCGUCGUAGUACCGACUGUAAAAAAAAUUAAAAUUAUACUUAUUUAGGCGCGUUAACACUUCAUGUAUGUAAAUAUUGUUGUUUAUUUCGUUUUACAUGGGAAAUACAACAUUCAAGUUGGACUGAGGGGAUUGCUUUAUGUUUGGGCUAGCGACGUUUUUGAAGUAAGUACCUGUAGCCAGUCCUGUACACAUAAAGGCAGAGCCUUAUUGUUUACGGAAUAUGCUGCAUCUCUUUCUAUUUUAUAUGCGACGAAAAGGAUGCGACAUUCGUUGUUUUACUAGUUUUGCAUCUUGUGUACAAAAUGCACUAAGCGUAGUAUUUGCCUCUGUGUCGUUGUGUUCUUGCGAGUUUUGACUUUAUGUGUAUUGGGAUAGGGUACAAAAUUGAAAAACACUGUUAUGAGUCAUAGGAAAAUUAAUUAUAUAUCUCAUCAAACUGCCAACAUAUUGGCGAAAUACAAAUUGAUGGUGUAUAAGUAACCAUCAUACAAUCUCUUUGAGAACCACUGCUCUGUCGUUGUUUUUAGCGUAAUAUAACAUGUUGUAAAAAAUAAAGCACAAAUUUUAACAACAAUGUAAAUAAUAUUUCAUGUCAGGACAUCACUAAUGAUUUUAGUUUCAUAAGAACAGUAAUACCUAAUUUUAUUAUAGAUAUGCUAAAAACAACGAUGGGCGUGAAAUGUGAAAAUAUUUUAAAUAUAUUAGAACGGGUCACUCACGUUUCAGAGGUUGCUCGACAUGUUUCCCUCCAUAACGAGCAGCAUCAACGGGAGCACUAAUCAGUCACUGCUGCUCAAUCUUGUGACUUAAUAAACACGUGAGUGACCGUUUUAAUAUAUUUAAUAUGACUGUGUGACGUCUCACGGAAGUGUUGUUAUUCAAAUAUGAAAAUAUUGCAGAGACAUGUCUCUCAUUACUUACAAAGUGAAGUAGUCGCAACAUUGCGUCUAAGUAAAAAGCUAAUGCUUGACACGAGUAAUACACUCAAAAGCAUUUAAAACCGGGUCAUUUUGUAAGGAACUUCGUUACAAAGUUGUCCAUUUUUAUUGCUCUCGGGUGUACUAAUUACUUGCGAUGUGUUCGUGAAAUGAUGAAACUUACAGGAGGAGUGUUGAGUGUGUUGUAAGGAAGGACUCAUAGGUGUGCUACUGGUCAUUUAUAUACAGGGUGUAACAAAAAUGGUGGGGAUCCGUUUAAGGGCAGCAAUUUCUGCAUCGUGUUCUGAUUAGAAAAAAGUAGAAACAAAAUCUUUAGGCGCGAUUUUUUUUUUGCCGUACGCCUAAGUCGGUCAACCUCCAUACAAAAGCCAAAAAUUAUUAUUUUUCUUUUUCCUAAUGAGAAUACGAUACUGAAUAAGUGAAUAUGCCCUUAAACGGAUCCCGACUAUUUUUACCUUGUAUAAAUCGGAUCGGAUAGGAAAAGCCCGGCAACUUAACCAUAUUCCGAUGCCUAAUUAGACUAAGAACUAUUAUAAAAUGUGUAGAUUUAGAACGGCUGGUUUAAGAUAUUAGGUAUUUACCAAAAUCGGUACAAAAUUCAACAAUAUGACCAGUAGCAUGUUGCCUAUCUGUCUACUGAUGGAAUGAGAAUAGUAGGAUAAGUUAAGGCGCGGCCACAUUGUUCCGGUCGCUACACGAUACUAGAUGCCGUCGGAGCUAACUGCCUGACUGUGGAUCUCCCGAAAUAAACUUCAUGAUUAUUUCCAAAGAAUUUUGACGUUGAUGAUGACACCUCCAGGCUUUGUAAUUGCGAAGUCUGUGCAGUAAGCUUGGUACAACCACAGAAUAAAUAAUAGUACUACCGUACAGACGGGAAACUUCCUUUUGGGUUGUCAAAAUUCAAGCCAUUAUGAUUAUCUGUGGUCGUGCACGCAAAGGGACGUCAACCCUAAUAAUUGCUCGGAGCAAUGCUGAGCCGAGCAGAGCCGAGUUUAGCCGAAGUCAGGGGUUUCGCACCCCUGGUUCAACUUAAAUACAUAAACGUUUUAUUAGCCAGUUAAAGUGACCGGAACACUGUAGUCGCGUGAUCAGGCGACGGCAGUGGCGGAUUUGCAGUCUUUGC